UCAUCAAAAGUCAUCAUACACGUGUAAUGCCUGUGGUGAAUACCGAUGAAGUUUCACGUACAACUGUGUUUUCAAGCUUCUUCUAUGGCCUCAAUCUUAACAUUAUUGAUACUGGUAGAAGUUUUCACAUGUUUUUGUCUUUCAUGAAUAUGAUAGAUGACAGGGUAGGACACAGAGACUCUGGGAAGAGUACAUCGGCUAAGGUGCUUCUGAAUUGGGCAGUGAAAGAUGGUUGGAAACCGACAUUUGUAGACCUUAACAUUGGACAAAGCUCAAUAACCAUACCGGGAACUGUUUCUGCUACUCCUAUCAAAAUGCUUGUGGAUCCUGUUGAAGGGUUUCCUCUUGAUAAGGCUCUUGUGCACUACUUUGGUCACACAACACCAAGUUUGUAUGCGUCGACAAGGAAAGGACCGUUUAUCUGUAGACGUAAUGAUAUGUCAAAUAUCGUCAUGCCCCUGUACUUUUCAAUUUCUUUGGGUGACAAGUCGAAGGCAGACGAGGAGCUUGAUGAAGAUGAAGAGGUACCACGCUUGGACGAGAGCGACAGUGACGCCAUGUUCUUCCUUAGGGGCCCCGAAUGUAGCAAUGUCACCAAGGAAGAUGGGAGAAUCAGACCUCAUCUAGCUGGACAAUAUGAGUUCAUCGAAAUCAUAGAUUACGACGUGCUGGGUAUAGGUAAGGAGAAAGCACUGAGCAUUACUCAGGCUGUCCAAAAGUACGGCAACCUCUCAGGUUUUGUUGAAAGAUUUUCUCUGCGAAUGAGGAAUCCUACAGCAUUCUUUGCCGGGGCUCUUCUUGUGAUUGGGUUUCUCCUUAGAGAACUCCCCAUGUUUGCUCUUGCAGCAGUAGCAAAUGCAGUGGGAGUAUGGACGAUCUUCCCCUAUAUGGUUGCUGCAUCCACGGCUUUGUUCCUCUACAUUCGCAGUCGCUACUCCUCAAAAAAUUAGCUGUUCUUGUAACUCAAUAUCGAUACAUAGAAAGAUGCUUUGAAGGCUAAAGAUGCUCAGAAGAAGGUUCAGCAAACUGAUGAAUAACCUGUUGGGAAGCUUUUGGAAGAGAGUGAAAGUGAAGCUGCUGCAAAACGGAAUGAGACCGAAGACUGAUGAUGUUGAUCAUAGGAAAAUGUUUGUGAAUUUGAUGAAUGUGUGAAAAGUCAGAGGAAUAAGAGUUGAAGGGUUAG